UGAAAAAAGCCUGGAAAGAAAAAUGACAAGGAACAAAAAGUAAUGAGAAUAAGUUUUGUGGCAACUAUUCAUUAGGUGUCACUUUUUCACUCCUCCACUUAGACCGGUACAGUUGAACGCAAAAUGUGAAAACUUACGAGAAAUUGUGUGCAUCCCUUAGUGCAGUGACAAUAUCCCCCACAAAACCAGUGAUAUUUCUUUGACUGGAGGUUAGUUCAAUAAUUUUGAAGGCUGGGAUUAAUUUUAAUGAGGGAUGAGAGGGUGGAAGUGACUGGAGUAUAGGUUAAUAAUUCUACCAGCUGGAAAGGAUUUUGAGGGUCAGAGGAAAGUGAUUGGAUAUUAGCUUGAUAAUCGUGCUUGGUGAGAUUAAUUUUAGUGAGAGACUAGAUGGUGGGAGGAUGAUAUUUAGAGGUUAGUUUGGUAAUUUUGCCAGUUGGUAUUAAUUUUUAGUGAGGGAUGAGGGUGUCAGAAGAAUGUGACUGGAGGUUAGUUUAAUAAUUCUGAGGGUGGGAGGAAAGUAAUAGGGGGUUAGUUUAAUUUUGGUGAUGGAUGAGAGUGUGAGUGGAAAGUGUAGCUGACCACAUAAUUUAUCAAAUAGUACAAGCAUGUACACAUUCUUAAUAAUGUUCCAUGUUAAGAUAUACUAAACAUGAAGUUACUCCACAAUAUAUGAUGGUGUAAAUUACGAAUGGUUAAAGUCGAGACUUGUUUGAUGAUGGCCUGUUUGCUUGCUCCCCUUGGACGUGCGGCAAGUGCAGCAGCGUUCGACCGUUUCUCUAGGGGCAAGCGACACCUCCUGGUGGGGGACUUCAAAUCUGCUGUCGCUGCCUUCGAGGAGGCAACAGAGUCCCUGGUGGAGCUGUGUGGGGAGCAGGCGCCCGAGUGUGGUGACGCGUACUGCCGCUGUGGCCGUGCAUUGCUGGAGCUGGCACGCAAGGAGGCAGGGGUGCUGGGGCCAGAUCUGGAUGGUGCCAGUAGUCAGGAGGGAAGCACAGGGGAAGAGGAGGACGAGGAGGAAGAGAGUUAAGAGUCACAAGAGGAGGAGGAAGGUGGAAAGAAAGAGGAAGGAGAGGAGGAGGAGGAGGAGGAGGAAGAUGGGGAAGGAAAGGAGAAAGAUAAGAAGGAAGGAAAUGCCGCAGAAGGAGAAGAGCAAUAAGAAAUUAGAAUUGACAGAGAAACCAGACAAGGGACUGCAUUUGAAGAAGCACAAGAACCAAGAAAUUUACAUAGCUUUCAUUUUGGUUUACAUUCUGAAAGAUAGAAAUCAAAAACGUCACAAGACAGAAUAGUGAGCUGCAUGCACUUAUCACAGAGUAUAAAGUCACUCCCUCAGAGGAAAAAGACAAGGAUGGCAUGUCUUCAUGUGAGAACUCAGAAGCUAAAUGUACAGAUACCAAGGGGAAAUUGCUGGGUCAAGUGGCUACACUGACAUCUGAGGUUAGCAGGUUGGAGAGUGAGUGCAGCAGUCUUCAGGUUCAGCUAGACUGUGAGAGGGAUAAGUAUAACAAACUGCUGGGAGAAUCUCUUGCUCAUGAAAAGUUGUCUGAAGAUGUCAUAACUGAACCAAAAGGAGAAACAACAGGAUUGGGAGGAACUGAGCUUUAACAGAAGCUGCAACAACUGCAGGAGGCUCACAGGGUCCUGGAGAGCAGGUUAACUUGCAGCAUGAAGGAGGUGGCUGAGCUAAGUGACAGGAAGUAGCAGCUUGAGCAUGCUGUAGUGCAUGAGAAGACAGAGUCCAUCGGUGUGUGCAUGUUUUUUGCUCAUUUGAAUCAUCUGUAAAAGUGAAGUGGAGGAAGUGUUUACUGUUUACUGUAUGCCAUUUCCUUGGUCUUUUAAUGAAGAAUUUUAUCCUUCUUCAGGUGACUACAUCACCAUCUACCAGUUGCAGUGAGGAGUGAUGAAGUAACAAGCUCGAGAACGCGAGUUAGACCUUGCCAGCCUCCAUCAUGAAUGAGAGGAAAUGAAGCAAAACCACUCUGCAGGAUUUGAUAUCAAAGCUGGUGCAGGAAAAGGAAGCAGAUCAUGACCUUCAGCAGCUCGAGAAGAUAAGCAGCGUCCUUAAGAGUCCAGUUGCUAUCUUUAGCAGUGUUGGAACCAGUGAGUCUGAGACACCCACCACCAGUGGAAAGGUGGCUGACGAGCGCCUCAAGCACUCUGAAAAGGUGGAGCAACAACAAGAAACAGAAAAUUGCAUCCAUCAUUCUUUGCCUGAGGAGGGAAUUGAUGCUCCGUUGACCCUUCACACUGAUGUCCCUCAUGAGGAGGGAGAAUAUGAAUCCUACAGAACUUGCCCAUAGGAAGACCAAAACUGUUACUGCUGCCACACUGCCACCACUUCCACUGACACCAAAAGCCCAACUGUGCAGAGAAUCCUGGACCUCCGCAAUGAAAUGGAGUCCACCAGUCACCUGGAGCACUUUAGCCUCCAAAAGUUCCAUCCGUGUCCAUUGUGUUUGGGUAAACUUAUCACUGUAUAAGGGGACAAGUAUCAGUGUAUGGUUACUAUAUACUCAUUUGUACUUAAAGAUGUCAUGUCACAUCAUUCUCUCUCUCUCUCUCUCUCUCUCUCUCUCUCUCUCUCUCUCUCUCUCUCUCUCUCUCUCUCUCUCUCUCUCUCUCUCUCUCUCUCUCUCUCUCUCUCUCUCUCUCUCUCUCUCUCUCUCUCUCUCUCUCUCUUUCUUUCUUUCUUUCUUUCUUUUGUUGCAUAUGUUACUGCUUUACAUUCCUCCCCACAGUAUUUUUUCAUCUACUUUAUGACUGCAGUAGUUUUAUCAUCCCAGUGUAUGCUGUAUCCACUCUGAAACUGUAAUUCACCAAUCAGCUCAAAUGUGUCUCUGUUUUGAUAAUCAUUAAUUUGUUUCAGCUACACAACCACUCUGAUAAGGGACAAAAUCUACUUCACCAGUCAUCUAUGUCAUACAGUCAUAUAUAUUCAUACAUAUGACAAAAUACUCUUCCUAAGACAUUUCUUAUUUUCUCUUCUCAAGUGACCUGUCCAUCUAUCUAAGGUACCACAUAACAUUUAAAACUUACAAUAUUGUGUUUAAUUCAUGAACACUUUUUUGUCUAUCUAUGGAGACUUGCGUAUAGACUUGAAAUGUAUUGGGAGUUUUCUUUAUCUCUCAUUCUAUACCUAACACCUGUUCCUAAGAAUCCCCAGGUGAUAGCCAUGGUGACUGGCUGGUCUCCUACUGAGUGGCUGGGGUUUUCCAAAAGUGAGGGUUGGUGUUCUAUACCAUACCAUGUGCCCUGUUUGUAUUCCUUCUUUGUCCUCUGUAUUAUAUUCUAUGUAAAGAUGGUGCUGGGGUGGGAUCUACUUCUUAUUCCCUAAAAGUGAUGAGGAGUGACACUGGGCAGCAUUGAUUUGCUCCUUAGAGAUGGCUGGGUUCCUGUGGAUGAGUGGGCCAUGCUGUGCUUUGUCAAGGAUGGUGUUUGGUAUUGUGAUGACUCUUGCCACAAUCAAGUGCCUCCCACAGAGUAGUGGAGUACCUAUGUAUGGUGAUGACCCAAGCUGUCCAGGUCUCAUCCAAUGCCUUAAUAUGAUUUAGAUGAUCAAAAUGGUUUAACUCACCAUUUAAUCAGCUGACUGAUUUGAAUGGAGAAGUAUGUAAUGUGUUGUAGCCUAACCAUCCCUGCCAGCAUGGUCAGAUUCUUGGUAGUAACCUGAAAUGCUCCUAGGUAGUGAGUAUCAUUGCACAUAAUGAUCUUUACUUUGUCAGUAAUUCAAUGAUACUGAAUAUUACUCUACUGGAUUUUGCUCACCACUGCUUGGUAACUUUUGGCCAUAAUCCCAGGUCUGGAAUGAUAUGAAGCCAUGUUUUUACAUUCCAUAUGAGACAGGCAAGCACUAUGCUUUGCCUGACUGAUACCUGUACUUUACAUUUAUGACCCCAGGUAGUUCAUCACUCUCUCUCUCUCUCUCUCUCUCUCUCUCUCUGUUUGGAAUUAUACUGUAUAUUAGGAAAUAUCAUUAAAGAGUGUGUGUGUAAAAAGUGUUUGCAUUAUUGUGCAUUUGAUGUUAUAGCCCCAGGUUCUUAAAGUUUUCUAGUUUCAUGAUUUAUAAAGAUUGCUAUUUUUAAUAAAGUUAUUGAAAUUGUUA